AUGGGUCUCGCCGUAAACAAUCGCCUACGCGCUGUCUCGACGGCAGAUGUACUUCGACCGCAAGAUAAGGAUAUCGCGUCACUUGUCAAGAGCCUCGAAUCCUUCGACUGGAGUUCGUAUGCUACACUGCAGAAUAGCCUGGAUCAAUCGGCCCUCCUACAACAACUGCGACACGUUUUGAAGGAUGACAAUGAUGUUCAUGGUGCCAGCAGUGGCUUCAGGCGAGCUGGUGGCUUUCAGGCAUUGCUUCGUCUCCUUCGUUCUCUGGUAGAUCGUUAUUCUGCGCACGAAGACCAGUUGGCCAACAUCAAACCCUUCCUCCAGACGUUGGCACAAUGGUUUGCUGUUUUGGGUGCAGCAUUGGAGGCUCAUGAUGGGAACCAGAAAUAUUUCAGGACAAAGGUGGAUGACGGAGGCUGGUACUCCCUACGACGCACUCUUGAACAUUUUCAGUCUCUUCUCUGGCGUCGAACUGGGGAUGGGCUAUUCAUGGAGCAGUUCUUUGGCAUUCUUUUUGCGACUGCGGUUGGGACGGAAAUGGUUGACGACAUUUACACUUCGUUAGAAAGAUCCGGAAGGUCACAGGAUGGAAACAUCCUGUCAGAUGUGGAUGUCGAUUCUGUGCGUGUCGCAAUGUCGAAAGCUGCAUCGAAUAUUGAUGAUCUGGCGGUACCGGACUUGCUGACCACAAUUCUGCGACUCUGGGCUAUUGCCGUCAAAGCCGGCAAUAUCCCUCAACGGGUAAUAAGGCUUGCCCUUCCCCUGAGUUUCACCGAAAUGCUGUCAAUAUCACGACAGAAUGUCGUUAGUGCCCACACUGCUGGGACUUUUACUGCGAUCCUGGACCUGGUUUUUGAGGAUCGCCUUUCUACGGUUGAAAGAAAUCUCUUCCGAGAGGCUGCUCUUAUCCUAUGUCAAGAGGGUGUCUCUAAUUUAGGUGACGCCCAUCUCCUCUUCAACCAGGCCGUUCUGACGCCCGAAGCGGCGUUGUUCCUGCUUGAAUCUAUCAAAUCCUCGCGGCAGCCCCCAAGUAUUCAAUUCGACUUGUCCCAACAAGGCUAUGCUUCCACCGAGCUGGCCACUCUCGGCAGACCGUUUCCCCCUACCGACAGCGCUGGGUAUACACUGAGUCUCUGGGCCCGAUUCGAUUCUUUUGAUGGUCAGGCUCACACCACCCUGUUCGGUGCAUUUGAUCGAAGCCAGACCUGUUUUGUGCUAGCAUAUCUUGAGAAAGAUACGCAUCAUCUCAUCCUUCAAACAGCUAUACAGGGAACGAGACCAAGUGUGAGGUUCAAGUCCGUAGGUUUCCAGCCGGACAGAUGGUAUCAUAUAUGCGUGGUGCACAAAAGACCACGGACGACCUCAUCUGCCAAGGCAUAUCUCUUCGUGAACGGAGACUUCGUCGAACAACAAAAAGCAAACUACCCCGCCAUCGCUCCAAAUGAUCGUGGAUCAAGUUUCGCUAACGUCCAGGCAUUCUUUGGAACACCUCAGGAUCUAUCUCCUAAUCCAACUGGAGCAACCUGUUCCUCAAGAUGGUCGUUGGGGCCCGCGGUGCUUUUCCGAGAAGCGCUGAGUGACGACCUGAUAGCCGUUUUUUACCACCUAGGUCCAAAGUAUCACGGCAAUUUCCAGGACUGUCUUGGCUCCUUCCAAACCUAUCAAGCUUCUGCCGCACUGAAUCUGCGGAACGAAAUGCUCCAUCCCGGGAAAGAAGAGCAGUCGGAAUUGAUUUUGGCAAUCAGGCGAAAGGCGAGUAACUUAAUCCGGGAAGAGAAGAUUUUGGUCAAUGUCUCGCCCGCUACUGUCUUGGACAAUGACGACCGCAACAACAUUGACGAGGCUCAAUUGGUGAAGUCACUCUCCAAAGUGGCAGCCAAAAACUUGGUGGCUUAUACACGCUCGGGCACAAACGCUGUUGCCAUAAAUGGUGCAGUGCCUUCGAUCAAUGAUGCAUUGACUCAAGCUCGUGGUGUUUUCAUGCUCAUGGGUGGUCCUACUGUGACAGUCCCACAGUCAUUGGAUGAUGCUAGCUGGCGUCUGGGCGGUUGCGGUGCUGUCGGCCUUGGACUGGUCCAACGAGCUCGAACCACCGACGAUAUUGCUCUUGCCGUUGACAUCUUAUUGGAGACUGUACGCUAUAGCUGGAGAAACAGCGAAGUCAUGGAAAGGGACGGAGGCUACGCUAUCCUAGCAAUGCUCUUAAAAGACAAACUCGCCAUUCCUACUCAAAGUAACGGAGAAGGCAAGGCAGGGGUCGCCAUUCCCACUCCUAGACUCGAUAGGAACGGUCUAAGUCUUCGAGUUUUCCAAUCCAUCUUGUCCUUUACCGGAUACGACCCCGAUGACCCGGUGAACUCUGUGAUUAACAAUCCUUUGGCCUACAAGGUCUUGAUAGCUGACAGUAACAUUUGGAGAUGCGGGCCACUCUCCGUUCAGCAACUAUAUUUCGAUCAAUUCCUGGUCUUUGCUGAGCAGAGUCAGCACAAGCGAUUCAACAUCAAAAGAUUGUCGAGAAUGAGAGUGUUGAAGCGGCUCAUGGAAGCAUUAAAGUCGGAGCCUGUGGCUAAAGCCAUCAUGCCAAUGUAUAUGGCUGCAUUCAAAGUCCUCCUGCCUCAAUCUCUGUCGGCAGAAACAUUACGAUCGCUGGCUCUAUUUGUGACGUUCUCAGUGAACAAACGCAAUAUGGGCUUGCAGGUUCGGAAACCUACGCGCAGAGAAGCCCGUCAGAGAAGCUCAUCGACCGGAUCUUCCCAAGGCGGGAAAGACGAAUCAAUGUCGACAUUGUCACAUUUCGAGAUCGGAGUUGAAGUUCUUCGUCUCUAUUCAGAGCUAUUGUGUCGACCUGGUGACGAUAGCAUGAUCAAGAAAUUUGCGAAAACAGUGACCAACAAAUGGUUGCUCUACCUGCUGUCAGAGACUUCCCCGGAGGUUGUAGUGCUUUCGGUGAGAAUACUAGCCAGGUUACUAGUCGUCCACGGCGAGGCAUAUGUCAAAAAGUUCAAAGAUGGCUCGAAGACAUCUGGCUUCACAAUCAUGGCACAUCGUAUGAAGAGAUGGUGGCAUAUCCCUGCUGUAUGGCCUGCCUGCUUCGCAAUUCUGUUUGGCUUGGACGUGGGGAACCUAGACCUUGACCGGAACUUUGAUUUGUUCGGCUUCAUCGACCUCUUUACUACCAAGAAAGAUCUUUCUGUGGUGUAUCCUGAAAUCUUCGAGGUCAUCACGAGCAUGCUCCAGAGCGGCUUGAAGACAACAGUCUCUUCGAAGAGGUACGCAACUGCCUCAACAUUAGCACCGCCAUUGGAAGGUUUGAAUCAGCCCCCUGAGAGACUCUCCAUGUCGACGAUGGCACCACCGAAUCCACUCCUGACAAUCGUGACAAGCCAUCACGUGGAUACAUUUAACACAGUUGUCCAAUUCCUGGCAGAUCUUCAAACAAGAUCCCAGAUCUUUCGGGAUUAUGCCGCAGCAUCCUCCUAUGUUCAAGAUCUCCUGGCUGUCCUGUUUCCUGUGGUGGUCGGCUCUGACGUGGUUGAGGCUAAAACCGAAUUGGACGCUCGGGAUGCAAUGCUCACGUUUGACGGAGGGGAUGUUGUGAUUCAUCCGCUCUCAGUGGCGCCACCCAUGAUCCGGAUGGCUGAUGCUGAACCGCCGUCUGCCGUGACUCGUGGCAAAACGCUUCGAAGAGGAUCAUCCUUCGUUUUGGUGACGAGGGAGCAUGCUCAUCAGAGCAGUGGUAGCACUCGAGGAUCUGAAGCUGCGGGUUCCAACUCUGCGGUCGGGAACACCCUCGAGCUCAAUGAAGGCCAUUCAAUCGUGCAAAGCUUGCUUGAAAUCGUCAUCUCCGUUUUUAUGGAUCAGAUUCUGGCCAGGAAAGAAUUUCCUGGCUUAGGUCUUUUUCUGAAAACCCCGCCAGGGUUUAUCGAACAUCAAUCUUACUUUGAGACUUGGAUCCUAAGGAACACGGUAUCCCAGCUCUCCAACCAGAUAGCACUAGACCAGAAGGUAUUGGUUGAACCACGGAUUUUGAUCAAUCUGGCUCGCUUGUUCAGCCAUCUCGAAGAAGCCCUCUUCGAAGGAUGGUUCAUUGGUGGUGCAGAUGCUGUCCUUGACUUGGCAGGAUCCGUUUUGGAAUAUCUUCAGCGCCCUGACAUCGCCAAACUGAAGGCCGUGCGGCUCUGUGCGCAAACUAUCGCCGUCAUUCGCGCAGUCGUUUUCCGCGUUGUUCUCUUUAGUUUAUCUUCAAUCCAUGAUGAAGAGUCGUUGCCAUUCCUUGAGAAGCUGACCUACUGGCAGACAGUCCUGCUGUCCGCUGAAGAAACUCAGUCAAACUACUUGCAGCUUGUCUGCUAUCUGCUCUACGCCAGCCUCGUCUCGUCGACAGAGACUGUACGACAUUCCGCAGCGAACCUGUGGAGGAUCAUUCUGGUUCAGAGGCCUGAUGAGGCUGCCGCAAUACAUGGGCAGGCAAAUACUACAGAGCAGAAGGGCUUAACCGCUAGCUUUCAAAAGCUGGUCGAGCUUGACAAUGAGACCUUUCUCUACUGGAUGGACCAGCAUCGAACCGAACUGGAUUCUCUAUUUGUCGAUACAUUGUCAAAACAGUGGGACAUUUUUGUCGCUGCCGAAAACAAAAGGACCGAAGAAAAUGGACGCCUGAGGAUCUCGCGCCGAAGAGAAAAGCUGAGGCAAUGGGCGAGAGAAGAGGCCGAUCGUGAGGACCUCAUCCGCCGUCAUGAGUUGGCAUCUGAAAACUGGACGGCAAAUAUAUACUCUUCAGAGUAUCUGAAACACCAGAGGCUGCUUCAAGAUCAGCAGGAUGACCUUGUCUAUACUGAAUCAAGCUUCAACCGGAUGCAGAGGGAUACCAGCAGACCUGGUGGACUCUUCCAGUAUGACAAAAUCCGGAAAUGGCGGCUAGAUCAGACGGAGGGAAGGAAUCGGAUGCGCAUGAGACUUCACGAGGACUACAGCAAAGCAGAUGAUGAGCAACAACCCAAGAGAAAAGGAUCUGAUAUGCCACAACUCCGCCUUGAUACUAGGAGUGUCAAAAUCUCAUCAGCCGAGUCCAUAGGCGCCACUCCAGGCGGCGCCAGCACCCCUAUCAUUGACAGCCCGAAGCGCUUGGAUAGCGGCACCGAGCCGUUCCCUGAGAUCCAGGAGAAUAUAGCCGAAGGCCAAGAUAAAAGUGAUGGGAAGGAUGUAGGAGAUCACGAUGAAGUGGAAGCUGACGACAGUUUCGAGAUGGUUGAGGACCCCAACGCGGAAUUGGACGAGUUCGAGGACAAGAACAGGAAAGUGAUGCGGAGCCUUCAUCGCGGAGAUCAGGUCAAACACGUUGCCAACAUAUCCCGGAUUCUCGGGCUUGAGGCUGUGGAAGGGCUUCUCAUACUCGGCAAGGAUUACAUCUAUAUCCUCGACAAUUUCUUCCAGCGCGCAGAUGGCGAAAUUAUCAAUGUUUGGCAAGCUCCACAGGACGAACGCGACCCGUACGUGCGCAUGAUAUCAGGCCGCGAUGUCACCGACCGAAAGCACAUAUCACGGAACGAGGAACAUGGAACUCGAAGCUGGAAAUGGAUGGACAUUAUCAGCGUUUCCAAACGUCGGUUUCUUUUCCGCGAUGUGGCCAUUGAGAUGUUCUUCAGUGACGGCAGAAGCUACUUGUUAACGGUCGUAUCACCCGAUGCUCGCAAUGAGUUGCACAGCCUUAUCACCGCAAAAGCUCCUUCGCCCAGUGCCCUGAGCACCACACAGCCGGAAACGGCCUGGCGUUACGAAACCUUGAAAAGCGUCGAUGACGAGCCACAAACGUUUGGCUCGAAAUUUGCCAAUGUCUUCGGUCAACAAUCAAGUUCCUUUGCCGCUACUCGAAAAUGGCAAAAGGGAGAAAUGUCGAAUUUCCAUUACCUGAUGCUGAUUAACACAAUGGCGGGAAGAACAUACAACGACUUGACUCAAUAUCCUGUGUUUCCUUGGGUCAUUGCAGACUAUACUAGUGACGAGCUCGACCUCACCGAUCCAAGAAGCUUCCGCGACCUAUCUAAACCCAUGGGCUGCCAAAACCUUGAACGCGAAAGGGAAUUUCGAGAACGAUACUCCACAUUUGCCGAGAUGGGGGAUAACAACACCCCUGCUUUCCAUUAUGGCACACACUAUUCGUCGGCCAUGAUUGUGACGUCCUACCUUAUCCGCCUACAGCCCUUUGUCAAGUCGUAUCUUCUGCUGCAGGGUGGCACAUUCGAUCAUCCAGAUCGCAUGUUUUUCUCCAUUGAAGGUGCCUGGAAGUCAGCAUCUCGCAUGAACAUGACCGAUGUGCGAGAGCUGACGCCCGAGUUCUACUAUCUCCCGGAAUUCUUGGUCAAUGUCAACGACUUCGACUUUGGAACCAGACAGAACUCUUCCAAGUCGAUCGGCAAUGUGGAGCUUCCUCCUUGGGCAAAGGGCGAUCCACGGAUUUUCAUAGCGAAACAGCGCGAGGCGCUUGAGAGCCCUCAUGUUAGCCGGAAUCUGCACAGAUGGAUCGACCUAAUCUUCGGAAGCAAACAAAAGGGAGAAGCGGCGGUGGAAGCAGUCAACGUGUUUCACUAUCUUUCAUACCAAGGGGCGAAAGAUGUCGACAAGAUCACCGACCCUUUGGAACGACUGGCCACGAUUGGAAUCAUCCACAACUUCGGCCAGACGCCAUAUCAGGUUUUUACGAAGCCUCAUCCUGCGCGAGAACAGGUACGACACCGGUAUAAGCGUCUCGACACCGCCGCCGAGUCGUUGACCCGAGUGCCUUCUACUCUCUUGGAGACUGGGGAGCGUGUGGCGUCGUUGAGCUUCUCAUGGAAGGCCGACAAAUUGCUAUGCUCUGGCGCUUUCCGACUCAACAUUCCACCAGCCUACGAGAUGUAUAUGGAAUGGGGGUUUUCUGACAAUAGUGUCCGGUUCUACUCGACGGAUAGCCGGAAACAACUAGGGCUAUUCGAGCAUUUGCACAUUGGACAGUUGUCCUGUGCACUGUUCACAGAUUCGAAGACGCUGAUAACAGCAGGGACGGAUUGCACCAUCGCAGUCUGGACGGUUGUCGAGAGCGCCAAAUCAGUCGACCUACAACCACGAGCGACGCUUUUUGGACAUCGCCAACCGGUGACCGUUCUGGCGCUGUCGAGGUCUUUCAAUGCCUUGCUUUCGGCAUCGACCGAUGGGCAGGUGAUGCUCUGGGACCUUAACAGGUGCGAAUUCAUUCGUAAGCUCGACGACGAGUUGUCCGUGAACUGUGCAGCGAUCAACGACGUCACGGGCAACAUCGUCCUCUGUCAUGGUCACGAAAUCAGUCUGUACACCUUGAACGGCGAUCGGCUGUUGCGGCAGGAGUCGGGAGAUCGGUUGCAGGAGAGCAUCAUUUCAUGCGCAUGUUAUGAAGGGGCGGGAAGUGAGUGGCUUGAGCGAGACCUCGUCUUCACAGGCCACAAGAGGGGCCAGGUCCGAAUCUGGAGUAAAGUAAUCCGCGACGGACGGUUUGAACUGGACCUUAUUCGUCAGCUGAACCAUGCAGACAUCAGUCGAGAUGACGGAGCCAAUGUUAGCGCCGGGAUCAGUUGCAUUCUAGCGAUGCCCCAGGUGGUGUAUACGGGGGAUGAAGACGGAAGAGUGGUAAGCCUCUCUUUUGCUCCUCCAUACAGGUAA